UAGGUGUAGUCCGAAGUUUUUCUCCAACAGUUCAGUGUACUUCUGCAUAACAGCUGAUAAUACCCCAUCUUCCACGUUACUCAAAUGAUUCAGUUUAAAGUUCCCAUCUAACUGUGCGACUGACUGAAAUCUUUCCCUCAGUGUGAUACGUUUGUACUUUCUCCCCAGUAAAUAGACUUAUUAAUUAUAAAGCAAUCCUAUAUUAGGGUCCACUAUGGAAUCAGCGUGGCAGAGAAUGGAGUCCAUGCAUCGCUGGAUUCUUGAAAAUGGAGACAAGCGGACGGACCCAUGGCUUCUAGUCUACUCUCCUGUACCAGUCAUCUGUAUAUUUUUGUGCUAUCUUGUUAUUAUUUGGAUCGGACCCAAGCUUAUGAAAAACAAAGAACCAGUGGACCUAAAAGCAGUGCUUAUUGUGUACAACUUUGCCAUGGUCGGUUUGUCCAUUUACAUGUUCCAUGAGUUCAUGGUCACAUCUUGGCUGGCAAACUACAGUUAUCUGUGUCAACCUGUGGACUACAGCCGCAGUCCACUAGGAAUGAGGAUGGCCAGUGUAUGCUGGUGGUUCUUUUUCUCUAAAGUGAUUGAGCUUAGUGAUACAAUUUUUUUUAUCCUGAGAAAAAAGAACAGCCAGCUCACAUUUCUACAUGUGUAUCAUCAUGGAACUAUGAUCUUCAACUGGUGGGCAGGAGUUAAAUAUUUGGCAGGUGGUCAAUCAUUUUUUAUUGGGCUGCUGAACACCUUUGUUCAUAUUGUGAUGUAUUCUUACUAUGGCCUGGCGUCCCUGGGGCCUCACAUGCAGAAAUAUCUAUGGUGGAAGCGCUAUCUCACCUCACUGCAGCUGGUCCAGUUUGUCCUGCUGACUAUUCACACUGGAUACAACCUCUUCGCUGAGUGUGACUUCCCUGAUUCCAUGAAUAUGGUUGUGUUUGCAUACCUCGUCAGCCUCAUUAUACUUUUCAGCAACUUUUACUACCAGAGCUAUGUAACCAGGAAAAGCAAGAAGUCUUAACAGAGUAAUUCUACAUGAUGAGCGGAGGAAUCACCCGUCCUUUGACAGACCAACUUGUCCAUUGGUUUUCGCAUUGCAGUUAUAUUUAGUCAUCAGGACUGAAAAUUUGGUUACACCACUGACCUCGUAUCUAGUUUGGGUUGUAAAUAUGACUUAUCCAAUAAAGAUGUGACAUGUCUUAUUAUUACUUUUUGCAUUUUGGAGCUUUA